GUGCAGCAGAGAUCUAGAACCCCUGGACUGGGUUUUCGGCACAUGCCCCGGGGCAGCAGAGCGGAUGGGCAGGCCCCCCUUGGGGCUCCGGGGCGCUGAAUGCAAGAUCCGAAGUGCAAGUCCCAGUUAGGGCAGCCCCUGACAGCCUCUGUGGGAAAUAAGUGUUGUGUCUCCAGCCACAUCUUGUGAGUCCGCAAGCCUCACCCACGUCUGCCGCUCUGUAAGUGCACCCACAACCCUUUCUCCAAACCCUGAGAGUUUCCACCAACCCCAAAAGGAGGGGAAGAGGUAGGCCAUUUGCAAAGCGAUGCCAGGAUGCCUGAAGCAGCUCUCACAUCCCGUCCUGGAUGUGUCAGUACGGAAACAGUGUGCAACUGUUUAACGAUCGGCUUGUUCUGCACAUCAUGGAUUGCGGAAUUCCAAGACAUCCUGAGCGAACCCAGUGUGAUUCUGCCAAAACUUCGUGAACUGUGUUUCAGUGGGAUCCCUUUCGAAAAUGGCUUGCGCUGUCUCUGCUGGAAGAUCCUCUUAAACUACCUCCCAGUGGAAAGAGAGCUAUGGAGCUCCCUGCUGAAGAAGCAGAGAGAAUUGUACGCCCAGUUCUUGAAGGAAAUGAUUAUUCAGCCCGGGAUCGCCAAGGCCAACCUGGGCGUCUCCAGGGAAGACGUGACUUUGGAGGACCAUCCACUGAACCCCAACCCGGACAGCCGGUGGAACACGUACUUCAAGGACAACGAGGUGCUGCUGCAGAUUGACAAGGACGUGAGGCGACUGUACCCGGAUAUGGCAUUCUUCCAGCGCCCUACGGAAUACCCCUGCCUCUUGAUUCUCGACCCCCAGAAUGAGUUCGAGACGCUUCGCAAGCGAGUGGAGCAGACCACCCUCAAGUCGCAGACGGUGGCACGAAACCGGAGCGGCGUCACGAACGUGAGUUCUCCCCUGAAAACGCCAGCCCCCGGCUCACUGAAUGAGUACGAGGUUCUGCCCAAUGGCUGCGAAGCCCACUGGGAAGUGGUGGAGCGGAUCCUCUUCAUCUACGCGAAACUGAAUCCGGGAAUCGCCUACGUCCAAGGCAUGAAUGAAAUUGUCGGCCCGCUCUAUUACACCUUUGCCACCGACCCCAACAGUGAAUGGAAAGAGCACGCCGAGGCAGACACAUUCUUCUGCUUCACCAACCUCAUGUCCGAGAUCAGGGAUAACUUCAUCAAGAGCCUGGACGACUCGCAGUGCGGCAUCACCUACAAAAUGGAGAAGGUCUACUCCACCUUGAAGGAGAAGGACGCAGAGCUGUACAUGAAGCUGCAAGAGCAAAACAUCAAACCUCAGUUCUUUGCCUUUCGCUGGCUGACGCUGCUGCUGUCCCAGGAGUUCCUGCUGCCGGACGUGAUUCGCAUCUGGGACUCGCUCUUUGCUGACGACGGCCGCUUCGACUUCCUGCUGCUCGUCUGUUGCGCAAUGCUGGUGCUCAUCCGGGACCAACUGCUGGAAGGUGACUUCACCCUCAACAUGCGACUUUUGCAGGAUUACCCCAUCUCUGAUGUUCACCUUAUUUUGAAGAAAGCAAAAGACCUUCAGGACUCCAAAUAGCUUCCCACACAUCACGGAAAACCCACGGAUGAUGAAAGUGGAUCCUUCUGCACUAACCCUUCUGGAAUUCACACAGGACAGGAGCCAGUGGGACCAAAGGAUCAAAUUCUGCGUGUCUGUCUCUUGAACGCAUUUUGGGGGUCCUUUCUUCACCACCCAGUAGAUGAAGGGCUAUGCCUGUCCCUUUCCUGGGGAAAGGACGCAAGAUCUCUGCAGAGAACUAAGCUUCCCAAAGCAGCCUCGGCCGAGACUUCUGACUCUCAUCUGAUUCUCCCCACCUCUCCUCCUCCUCGAGGGGCAGAUACCGACUCCCCUGGUGUGCCAGUCUAAGGCAUGCAAAACCAAGUCUGGCUUGGCCUUACAGCCCACCAUGCCUUCGAGAGAGAAAGCCAAGCCUCUCCACCACUGAGAACUUGCAGGCCCCCAGACGCCGUGAGAGCACCUGCGAGGGGCCCCGCACCCCCCGGCUAAAUCGACUAGAUCCGACAUCUCAAGAGACAAGGGACUGCGUUUCCUCUUGCUCCUUCACUCAGGCACUGGGGAGUCCCCUUUCCACCAUUUGCGGUGGGUGUAGAGUCACAGCGUGGAUACGGACCGCUGCGGACGAACGGCGGAUCGUGCCCAGGAUCCCUGUGCUGCAAAGGUAUUGCAGCCCUGUGGGGUCGCCACAUUCCACAGGCAUAAAGAGGCACCGGCGACACUCACGGAUGCCCGGCUGUGUGGUGGACAGCUCUUCUGCCCAGGGGUCCUUGGAAAAGACAACGCCGCCUAGUGGGAAGACUGCGCUGGCGUGGGUGGGCCAAGUUGCUGGCCCCUGGUGAGGAAGCGGCCAAAGUGGAGGCAGGGAUGGGAUGGGGGAAUUCACGGAGGGGACAUCUGAGGGUGGCCCUGCGUGGCGCUGGCGCUGGGAUAAACCCGCCUGCACCCUGCCGCGCGGCCUGGAAGCGCACGCUUGGCACUCGGUUGCAUCCGGGAUAGCCAGCGCGGGCCCCCGGGGAAUUUCCCCAGCUGGUCCCUCCUGCUCCGCCCGUCACCCCUUCCAGCAACCUCCCCAGGUGUCCUGCAUCCACAUGAAGCUUUUUAUAUGAAGGGCAACUGCUUUGGGGGUGAAUAAAGAGUUUUGCUUUCCCCCCAAGGCUUUAGAAAAUGAAGACGGCUCUUAUUUCACGUGUCCGUACGGCCAGCUGCAGCCAUUCUUUGGCCGUCCUUCUGGCCUUGCUUCGCUGUUGCUUGGGGAGCUUGGGUGUGGUAGUGGCUGCAUUCAGGCAACGGGAAACCCGCACGGGAGGGCUGAACACACAGCUGGCUGGGACGCUGCAGCUGCUGCUGGCCUGGGAUGCGGGGACCUCUGUCCAGGACUUGAUCUCCUGCAGAACAGAAGCAAAUGGAUUAGGAAGAUCCUGGGAACGUGGCUAAUUCCCUGGCCUUCUCCUUUCUUUCCUCCUGCUUAGUGCCUUGUGGAUUUCCUUAGCUUAGGAGGACCCAAAUGUCUGAUGGAUGCAAAAGGCUGUGCUUUUAAACAGGGUGUCCUUUGAAAUCGCCGGAGCCUUUAAUCUUUCCCUGCCCUUCUUUAUAGCUGUUGCUGUAUGAUAACUGCCAUUUCCCAAAAGCUUGUCUGCCUCCCUUCUUGGGGAGUAAAUUUUGACUGAACAGGAAUGUUGCGAUGAUUGUACACGGAACAUCUACCAUCCCUUGGAAACAUAGUAGCCCAUGCGUAAGAGUAGAAAUAGGGGUUAUUACUGUCUGAACCCAGCCAUGUUAAUCAGCUUGGCUGGUUAGUCACAACCCAACAACAAACCAUGGGUUCCCUUCAUAGGUGGUUCAUGGUUAAGAAACCAUGGUUUGUUGGCAUGGCUGGGUUCAGACAGCACAAUAAUCCAGGUUUCAGUGACAACCCAUGGUUUAGUCCAUACUUAACCUCAGAGCAUGGCUGAUCAUGGUGUCUGAACCUGGUCAUCUUCAAUAGUGGAUGAAAAAGGACCUGGAACACUGAAAUUACUUCACCUGGAAGCCAGAGAACGGUCCUCCCUGAAACAAGUACGUUGUAAGCAUGUCUGUUACUGACAGCAGUCCUUGCUUUCAAUUCCCCCUACAAACCACCCUGUAAGUUUCUCAUGAUGCCAGCUGGAAGGUGUUCAGCCUGGGGCUACCGAGGUAUAAAGCAGGCAUUUCAGGGGGGCCAGCAGGACUUCCCAUCUACGCCUGCGUGGGACUGCCGCUUCACUGUGAGGUCCCUGGUCUUGCCAGCAUCCACAGACUCAACAUGACCAGGACCUUCGGUUGGCGGGAGAUGCAAAGGUUAACAGCUCGCCUUCACGGGGCUCGGGAACUGAAAUGGAAUACGUGGCUGACCAAUCCAUCAGGAAAUGAGUAAUAUUUCAAAGCACUGUCCUGUGGCACAGGGGAGCAAAACCUGGGCCGACCUGUGCAAAGGAUUCAAGGGAAAUGCCAUUUUUCUCCUUGGAGGACAAGCAUUCCCGUAUUCUCAAGGCGUCUCUUCACGCUGCUUCAAAGCUUCUUUUCUGUUGCUCCUGUCUGUGUGUGAGGGACACAGUCCUCUGUGUGUAAAGAUACUUCUCUGGUUGACUUAGAAAACUAAUUUGGGGUGUAGAAAAGCCUCAGUCUGAGUGGUGUUUUCCUCACGGCCCCCAGGCUACACGCCCUUUGCAUUGCAGAUUUUAUGCACUUGAUCAAUUUAAUUUACUGCCAUUUUCUUUUAAGAUCAUGCCUGCUUGGGUUUUUUGUUUGUACCUUUUGAAGAUUUUCACCACCGAGCUUGAGGAAAUUGUGGCUUUUCUCAUUUGGAGUGCAAUCCUUUGCAGAUUUAGAUAGGAAAAAAUCUUACAGUCCUCAGUGGGGUGGGCACACUGAAUAUUGGAGGAUUUUUUCCUAUCUAAACCAGAUAGGAUGGCAACCAUACUCUUUUAACAGCACUUGGUUUUUGGUUUCAAACAUCACAAUACUGAACUGGGUACCCAUAAAAUUCAUACAGAAAAGGAUGAAGGAGAGGAGAUGGGGGGUUGGGCAUGAUACUGUAGAAAGUAUAAUUUAACAAAAGUAAUAGGGUUUUUUUUUUUUUUCCAAACGUGAGUUCAGAGGCAUUGAAUUUGUAGGAGGAAUAGAAUAGCCAAGGAAAAGGGGAUUGAUCGCAGGGAAUGCCACACUUAGACACAUGCCUCCUCUUCAUUGAUGUGCAAAGAGAACAUUUUGUAUGUUUGUUUUCUUUUGAGAAAAGCUGGAAAAAUUUGCUGGAUAUCUCUGAGAUGCCCGGAUAUAUUUUUGUUACUUAAAGAAGGAAUGGCGUACGGAGAUGUUUGUCAGAUGCAUGAUACUUUUGUCGGUUUUGCUCUUCCGCACUGACUUCGCUGUUCGGCUCAACAUGUUGAUGCUCAACAGGUGCUCAUCAAGAACGCAAAGAAUGCCGCAGUCCCUCUGCCCGGGUGGUAACAAGUCUAUUUUUAAGUUGCCUCUUGGGAGGACUUUGUCGUGAACCACAAAGGUUUGGGGUUCCAACAUCUGUAUUUUGUACUCUCCCAUUAAAUACAGCUUAUCUCUGAACUGUCAGGAACUCAUCACAAAUGCCUCCCUCUUGAUUUUGUCUUUUCCUAAAUAAACAUGCUUUGUAAA